AGGAGCGGGGUCAAAUGAUCGGAGCUGGGAGCCGGGACUCCUGGGUUCUAACAGAGUGGGGUUUAGCAGGAGCUGGGGGGCUAUAAGCAGAGGGCUGCAGCGUUUAUUAUUUAGCACCAAGCUGCUCCCCCCCCCCCCACCCUCGCCGCCGCCGCCCGCAUCUGGCCCCUUGGAUCCGCCCCUGGCUGCUCCCCUCCUGUGAGAGUGUGCAGGGUGGGGUUUGCAGCGGUGCCAGCGAGCAGCUGUCAGGGGUGAUGCGCUUGGGUGGGAGGGAAGACCCCCGGCUCCAGCAUGAGGACUGUGUGAAAGAUGUGUGAGCAGGCAGCGCGCUAUUGCAGGGAGAGCGUCCACAAGAUCCUCCACAAGCAGCAGCCACAGAUCAGGGGACUGGACGGGCUGCUCCGCUGGAUAGUCACCAAGAUGAGCGACAAGAGCAUCCUCUCCGACAGGGAGCUCCUGCAGGAGGGGCCGGCAGGCGCCGGCCAGGGAUUCUUCCCCCCGGGGCAGCGGAAAGGCACCUCGGUGAUCCUGGAUAUUUUCAGACGCGCUGACAAAAAUGAUGAUGGGAAGUUGUCCUUGGAGGAGUUCCAGGCUUUUUUUUCGGAUGGGACUCUUAAUGAAGAAGAACUUGAACAGCUCUUUCAUACCAUUGACUCAGACAACACCAGCAAUGUGGAUACAAAGGAGCUGUGUGAUUAUUUUGCUGAUCAUAUGGGAGACUAUGAAGAUGUUUUGGCUUCGCUGGAGACCCUUAACCUCUCCAUUCUGAAAGCCAUGGACUACACCAAGCGGGUGUACGAAAGCGGGACCAACGUGGACCAGUUUGUGACCCGUUUCCUAUUGAAGGAGACUGCCAACCAGAUCCAGUCUCUGCUGAGCUCUGUGGAGAGUGCCGUUGAUGCCAUUGAUGAGCAAACCAAUCAGAUCAGACACUACCACAGUAAAUCUGGCCAUGGUGUAAUGGAUACCUGGUAUGACAACCCUGUGCCUAGUUAUUCCCCCAAUAACAGAAUCAUGACCAAGGAGCACAGGAAAAGCUUCCAGACUGGUUCCUCAGAAACCAAGGAAGAAGGUCUGGAAGCUCAGAUUAACAGAUUAGCUGAACUGAUUGGAAGAUUGGAAAAUAAGACUCUCUGGUUUGACCUGCACCAGAGACUGUCAGACAGCGAAAGUACAGCUUGCACAUAUCUCUUUUUGGUACGGAAUGAGAUGACAGUUUCCCAGAAGCACCUGGGGGAAUUCUGUAGCUCCCUUAAGCAGUACCUGAAGAAUGUGGCAGGACAGAGGGACUGUUUCCAUGUAACUGCAGUGAGGCUCCCAGAUGGAGUCACUUUCAUCGUCUAUGAGUUCUGGGAGACUGAGGAGGACUGGAAGAGACACCUGCAGAGUGCUCCCUGUAAAGGGUUCCAGCAUGUUAAAGUGGACACUCUGACUCAGCCUGAAGCAGUUUCCAGUGUAUCUGUGCCAGCUGCCUGGUGCACUCUGAACAGAGAUUGAAUCCUCGGCCAGCACGGAGUCAAGCAGCAAGGUGACCCGUUGCACUUCCAGGCUCUCUUGCCUUUUCUGUCCAAUGAAUUCUCUCCCCCUUUGCACAGGACUAAACUCCUGUCUUUUCUAAUGCCUGUUACAGGUGAUGUCUUUUGAGUUCACUACUAACCAAGAAUGUCAGCAAUGUAUUUGCUAGGUGUUUGAAGUGAAGGAAAAAACAUAACCACCCCGCCCCACUGUCAUAGCUCCUAAACGCUCCCCUUAAAGCUUGGGAUGGAGCUGAGUCUGCCAGUCUCCUGCCCCCAACAGCCCCAUUGCAGGGAUUCAUGGGUUUAGUCUUGGCUCUGUCCCAGACUUGCUCUGUGACAGUGGGCAAGUUGCUUAUCCUUCCUGUGCCUUGGUAAAGUGAGGAUAAUAGAACAGCUUGGCCAGAAUGGUCAAACCUGCCUGCCAGCACGUAGGGCCUUAUUUUCAACACAAUAGUAAGAUAGUGACAGACUCAUACUCGAGCCCCAUCUCAUGUAGGAUCCUGUCUAAGAGGGGCCAACACCAGGUCACCUCCAUUAAGGAGUUUAAAUGUCAACACUGGUGUUAGUUUCUUUGUCUAGUAGUUUUGAAAGAAAAUAAGUUAUAGCAGGGGCAGGAUUAUGCUGUAAGAGUUCGCCCUGAGGUUUCACUAGUCCACUGCUGCAUAGCAUAACAGGCCUUACUCCUGGAGAGAAGGAGACAUUCUGCCACUGCCUUAGAACUAGAUACAAAGGGUUCACCAUUUUAACUUGUUCAUCAGGUUUCUCCUUCCCUCCCCCGUCCUACCUCUUGGCUCCAUAAUUAGUUUCCUUCACAUUAACACCAAUGCAUGCUAAAUAAGCCUUGAUGUACUAGAGAUGCCUUCUGGCUGUAGAAAGUAGCAAUCUGUUCCUUUACUAAGUUUGGUGCAUUUUGUAUUUGUUUCUAAUGGGGACAGAAGCAGGGGAGACUAGUCUUUGGGAUGCAGGCUUGCUUAUUUCUUCACUUUGACUGUAACAUUUGAUAUUAUUCUAUCUGUAUGUUCGAUAUCAUCUGGCUCUUAACCCAUAGUACACUGUAGGAAAUUCAAUAUUAGGAUAUGUACAGUUAGAUAAUACAGAGACUAAAUAAAACGUAACUGGGAAA